GCGCGGGGUGCGGGGCCGGGCGCCCGCGGGGAGGCCCCCGCGUUCCUCUCGCUUUGCCUGCUUGUGCGGAGCUGCUGUGGGCCCUCCCCAGCUCCCGUGAGCGUUUGAUCCGUGUCAGGAAGUGUCGCUGCGGUGACGGGCUCGGCUCACGGCUGUAGGGGAGCGAACAGCAGGCCAGGGCUUGGGAGCGGCUUCCGCGUGGCAGGUGGCUGGCGUUGGGGUCCCCCAGCUCCAUUGCAGGCUGAGGCGGAGGGUGCAGGCAGCUUCCAGGAUGACCUGGCAGGGCUGACUUCAGCGGCUCCUCCUGGCUUGAUUCCUCCGGCAGUUGGGGCUUUGAAUUACCACCGGUGUCACCCAGUGACAGCGUGGCCCUGGGGCUCCCCGCGUACCAAAGCCCUGGCGCGGCGGCUGCUCACACCCCUGCACUGCACAGGCUGGGUGCGCCUGGCUGUCGGCUUUCCAGGGCGCUCUGGGCUUUGGCCCUCUGCAUGCUAGCGUGAUUUGGAGCAGGCGGCUUUGUUUCGUGCAUUGUUUUUGGUGUUUUGCUUUGGUAUUAUUAUUUUUUUUUUUACCAUAGGUAACGCAUCCUGCAUUUAACAGCUGUGGGAAAGUUUGUGUGUGGGAGUCUUGGCUUAGGCAACCCAAAGGGACUUGGCCUGAAAAGCAGCAGGAGUUUUCACUUUUGUGAAAGCCAUACCAUAGGCAAAGCUUUUGAGUCUUCUCCACUGUGGGUUGUUUUAUUUUUUGUCAACAGUUAAUGUAUUUAUAGAUAAAUGUGGGUUUUUUUAAAAAACAGAUAGAUACCUUAGCUCAAAUUGGCAACCGAAACCAUUAUAAAUUGCACACCACUGAGGAAUCCCCAUCUGAAAGUUUCUUGACUGAUGAGAGAACUUCUUCCACUGAAACAUCAUUGUGAAAGAAACAACACACUGUAUCGAAAUGGCUGAUGAUAAUGAAGACCUGCAGGCAGACGAAGAGCUCCCAGCCCCAGCUGAGGACAGCUUUGAGCAGCUGGAGAACGACAGCCCUGCUGAGCGCAGCGGGCACGUGGCAGUCACGGAUGGACGCUGCAUGUAUGUCUGGGGAGGCUAUAAGAAUGCCCAAGUUAGGGGAUUUUAUGACUUCUAUCUGCCUAGAGAUGAAAUAUGGAUCUACAACAUGGAAACUGGAAGAUGGAAGAAGAGUAAAACAGAGGGAGAUGUUCCACCUUCCAUGUCUGGAAGUUGUGCUGUGUGUGUAGACAGAGUGGUGUACCUCUUCGGAGGACAUCAUGCACGUGGCAAUACAAACAAGUUCUACAUGUUAAAUUCCAGAUCCACGGACAAAGUGCUGCAGUGGGUCAGAGUAGAGUGUCAGGGGGUACCUCCUUCAUCAAAGGACAAACUUGGCGUUUGGGUUUACAAAAACAAGCUAAUAUUUUUUGGAGGUUAUGGUUAUUUUCCUGAAGGGAAGCAACGGGGAACUUUCGAAUUUGAUGAAACCUCAUUCUGGAAUUCAGGUCUUCCUAGAGGGUGGAAUGACCACGUGCAUGUUCUGGACACUGAAACUUUUACUUGGAGCCAGCCUAUAACUACGGGCAAAACUCCCUCACCACGAGCAGCUCACGCCUGUGCUACAGUUGGGAACAGAGGCUACGUGUUCGGCGGCAGAUACAGAGAGUCCAGAAUGAACGAUCUUUACUAUCUGAAUUUGGAUACCUGGGAGUGGAAUGAAAUAAUCACACAAGGCAUUUGCCCAGUUGGCCGAUCCUGGCAUUCUUUAACACCAAUUUCUUCAGAUCACCUCUUUCUCUUUGGAGGAUUCACCACUGACAAGCAGCCAUUAAGCGAUGCUUGGAUUUACUGUAUCAGCAAGAACGAGUGGAUACAGUUUGAGCAUAACUACUCUGAAAAACCCAGGUUGUGGCAUACCGCUUGUGCAAGCGAGGAGGGAGAGGUGAUCGUCUUUGGGGGCUGUGCCAACAACUUACUUGCCCACUCCAAAGCUGCUCACAGUAAUGAAAUACUUGUGUUUUCUCUACAACCGAGAUCUCUCGUAAGGCUGUGCCUGGAAGCAGUCAUUUGCUUUAAGGAGAUGCUGGCCAGUUCCUGGAAUUGCCUCCCCAAGCACUUGCUGCACAGCGUCAAUCAGCGGUUUGGAAGCAACAACACCUCAGGCUCCUGAGCCUGCUGCCGAACGAGCUGCACACGGACGAGCAGUUCGAAGAAGAUGUAAUAAUUUUACCGAGUGUGGCAAACAUUAAACUUGUAUAGGUUAAAUCUCUGUUAUUGUGGUGGGUAGUUGCUUCUUGCCUCGAAGUUGCAUGUGAAUGGCCUAGAGAGAACCUAUUUUUGUGUAAAGAUGUUUGCAAUAAAUGUAUUUAAUGCAAGUGGAGAUGUAUCCCGUACUUAAGCUAAAACUAGUCCUGGGUUUGGCCACCUUGAGGUGUGGGCGAGGGCCAGCCCCCAGCAGCAGGCGGGGUGUGCAUGCAUCGAAGUGCUUGUUACGGGGUCCCUGGUCGAGGACCUGAGGACGGCAGGGGUUGUGCAGGAACCGCCGAAGCAGGUCGUGGCUACUGAAGGGGGGUGUUGCUUCAGUCUAGGCUGAAGUGACAGGCUAGCAGUCCUGUGGUAGCCUACAGCAUUAGGAAACAGUCUGCUUAACACUGCCACAAACGUUUAAGGUCAGAAAACUGGGAUUUGGUAAUUGUACAUUGUCAGCAUUAAUAAACUCAGAUGUUGUAAACCCUCAGAUGUUAAAGCACUGCUACCCUCUC